GGGAGGGGAAUUGUGUUCAAGUUCGAGAGCGAGUGCGAGUGCGCGGUAAUAGUUCAAGCUCUCUCGGGGGAGUAACGAGUUUACCGGUGAGCACAGCUGGAGGGAUCGGACCGCGCAGAGCGAGCCACGGGCGAGGUAGCGCGAAACCGACGGCCGAUUGAGGAAGGCGGGCCCGCUUCGGGUCUUCGUCCUCUUGGUGAGCCAUCGUUCUGGCAGCGGGGCCCUUCGCCUCAACGAAGAAAAGAAGGAUGAACCGAAUGACGAAUAUCCAGAGGAUUCGUUGGCGAGGACGUUUGUAGGUGGAUCCGGCCUGUUUUGGUGGUCCGCAGGUAGAUAACUGCUGUGGCAGAUCUGCUGCGAGGCGAGGGAAUUUCUUGUUUGAAGUGGUGUUGGUGUUGGAGUGCCGACCUGUUCUGUCGCCACAGUGCGGACUCCCGUUCUCCUCGAGGUUUUGUGUGGACACUUGUUCGUGGGUUUGUCAGUGUGAAGGCUCGGCUCGGCGUUCGGGUGGGCAGCCAGCGAGCGAGAGCCAGUCUCCACCAUCACGCCCAAUUGUAAGGUUUUGGGGCCCCGCGUCGAAGGUGACGAUGUUAACUUAGGGUUUUGGGUACGACAUUGCUCGUUGUGUUGCGAGUUGUUUCAGAAAACCUUCGAGUCCGCUCGGGGAUUAUUUUUUCUUGCUGGGUUUUAUUAUUUUCGAAAAACAUCGACGCUUGUGCCUAUGGUGUCCCCCCGGGUUGAGGCAGCCGCGGUGUACAGAUGAUUGUCGCGGUCGACGAGGUCUGCACUCUCUUGCUUUAGGGAAAGGUGGUCUGUAGCUCGAACCUUCGUUUGCAGUGGACGAGGUUGCAUCGAGCAGGUACGGGAGUUAGUUAGGGUACAGAACGGGCUGAGAAAAUGAGACACGGGGGAUGAAAUGAGUUAUUUUUAUGAAACUUGAUCGGUUUUGCCCCUAGAGUGGGGUAGCAGGUCGCAGGAGGUGAAAGGCCAACCUUGCUUGGAAGACGGAACGUGGAACUGUGGGCUCGGAACUUGUCACAAAAUAUCGAGAAGACUGCGCAAGAGAUGUGAUCGGUCAGAUAGUGAUCGGGAGGUGGUAAAAAAAUAGUCGUGCAAUGGGGGAACUAGAAGCAGGUUUCGCGAAGCUUCAAGGCGAGGACUUCGAAUAUUACAUGCAAACAUACUCUAUCAUUUUAGGCAGGAACAGUAAGAAGACUUCGGUGGAUGUAGAUCUGGCAGGUCUCGGUGGGGGUAUGAAUAUAUCUCGCCAACAUGCCCGCAUAUUCUACGAUUUCGAGAGAAGAAGAUUUGUGCUGGAAGUGCUUGGAAAAAAUGGUUGCUACGUUGAAGGUGUUUUGUAUCUACCGGGAACUCCCCCAAUCAAGCUCGACUCAAAAGACCUGCUGCAAAUUGGCGACAAGAAAUUUUACUUUCUCUUGCCCGCGAAGAAGCUUGCUAGUCGAACUGCCACUUCAGCUUCUCCUGCUUCUGGUGCCUCGAGAAAGAGACCGGCAAAUUCUGCCAAGCCAUCUGCGUCCUUGAAAAGUGGAUUAGAGGACUCCUCUCACCUUAUGCAAUCUUCUAAGAAAAGUCGAGCUUCUGGCAAGCCUGAUGCAGGUGGAGGACGGGAUAAAAAAUCUUCUUCCGUGUGGAUGGGGCACGACCAGGAAGGGAUUACCGCAGCUGGCAGUAGCAGUGCCCAAGUGAUCAGUUCGCAUUCCGAGCAUAAGGGGGAUAUGAGGAGGCGUGGAGAGGAGUCUGGUUUCUCUCAAGCUAAAGCAGAGGAAAGGGAUGUUGUGUCAGCCAUAACCACCGUGCUACAGGAGCUUUGCGCACCUGGGGAAUGGAUGCCUAUGGCAAGGCUAAAUAAUGAGCUGUCCGAUCAUUACAGCCAUUUAGUGUCGCAAUCGAAGCUUCGGAGAGUCGUACAAGCUCAAGAAAUCAGUUCAGUAGAUGGUGAAACUAGAGUGAAAGCCUGGGCAGGAUUGUUGGUUUUGUUAAGAAAAUACCCUCAGCACUUCGUCAUCAACACCAAGGUUAAAGGCCGGAUUACAGCAGAGUACGUUGCUCUAGUGUCUGAUGGCAUGUAAGUUAUAUUUAAGAAACAUUCCAGACGUGUAGACUAUCCCUCCCAUCCGUGUACCAUACUAUCCCUUGCAUUAGUUCAAGCUAAUGUACUGAUAGUAGGAAUCUCCCGACACAUACAUGAUGUACCCCGUCCCUGUUUUGGUGUUACAGCCGUGAGAUGUUAACUUGUUCUUCCCCUUGUUGUGAAUCCCAUAAUCUUACCUGACUGAAUAGGCUCACUCUAUCCGGAUUGGAGUUCUGGAUGGUUUUGGGUAGGCUUUAGAUUGUCGAAGUUGGGGAAUUCGAAUGAAAUUUUGACAAAUGAAGAAAAGAAUUUGACGAAAGCCUCCGGAUGUAUCAUGGCUUGCUGCAUACAAACUUUUUUUCAGCACACUAGUAGAAAAACUUCCACCUUUCACCAUUGUCGGGGAGGGGGUUC